AUGCACCUCCCUUCCCUCAUCUCCACGACAGCCCUUGCGGCUCUAGCAGCAGGCGCCAUUUUCCCCCGUCAAGACGAAACAUACGUCGGGUACCUGCUUUCGACCUUCGCUGAUGCAGACCCGCAGGUGUUCUGGUACCUCUCUACGUUGAAGGCGCUCAAUGGCGCGGUGCGAGACGUGUUUCUCACGACUAAUGCGGAGAAUUCCGAGUACUUCCUCCUCGGUACUGACCUCAACAUCAACGCCGACGGAUUCUUCUGGGACGAAGCAACCCGUCGAGGCAGUCAAGACCUAAUAAUCUGGAAUUUUGAAAACCUGGUCGACUGUAUCGAAGACGCAACUGCAGGAAUAACCUGGAUCCUCUCUAUCUGCGCGCCAGGGUAUAUUCAGGAUGGGGUCGUCUAUGAAGGUCCCGCCGCCUUCCUGGAUAUCCAGACAGCCGGUAAAUACCACCUGCUGUUGGAUAAUCAUGUGGAGUAUGUGCCGUUUGAGAGCACGGAUUUAACCGCGGCUGAGCGGGUGGCUUCCAAUCGCACGGGGUUUCCGACGGGAUUGAAGCAUGGGAAUGUGGUGAGGGUGACGAAAAGUGAGUAUGAUGCGCUGGUGGAACGGUAUGGGGGAUAA